GUCACAGGAAGGAGUCAAAUUUCCCUUGAAUGCGCUUCUACAGUCAACAGAAACCAGGUGUUCAAGCACAACCGAGCUUCACCCUCCCUUCCACCCUGUCUAUCCUCUGGAAGUCAACUCUCUACAUCAUGUCAGUCACUUUCUAAGUGCAUUUAGUCAGGUAGGAGCGAUGGUGAAAGUCAUGAUGAGUUGUGACUUCGAAUCGUAUCAAGAAAGGAAGGAAGCAACGCGCUAGUGAGGCCUUGCUUUCCUUCGAACUCCAGCUUCGUUCACGACCACCAUUCUCCAUCACAGACAUUUUAAUCUUGACAAACUCCAACUCUGCGCACGAUUACCAUUCUUUAUCACAGACAUCAGAAUCUCGACAGACAAUACCGACGUCUCUGUGCGUACUGCGAAGAUGGACAAUUACAACGGCGAGUCGUCUCGGUGUCCAUAUCCUUACAAACAACCAACAUCUUCUUUUACAGACGUCGCCAACUUGACCCAACUCAUCGACCACUCCAUGCGUGCUAUUCAAAAUACGUCUCUGGGGCAUAAGAACCUUCCGAGGCAGCAUCCAGAAGGUUCAGGUUCCAGGCGUGGCAGAAAGCAACAACGCAGUACCAACGAGUCUGUUUCUGGACAUGAUCAGUUGAUGAUUCCGUUCGACCAGAUGGAGAUCCGCGAUAAUACACAAGGUUCUGGAGACCAGACUGGUGUCGUCCAACCACCCUCAGGCAACCAGUUAGACAAAGGGAAAGGACAUGCUCGGCCACCAUACGCCCCUGAAGCCUCUGCACGCCAGACCUCUCCUCCACCCAAGAUUUUUGUUGGUAGACAGCCAAUGACUGUUCAAAUCGAGUUUCCCAUUCAUGAGAAUGACAAAGUCGACGUAUACCAUAUGGACGGAGUUCCCGUGGAAUACGAACAAGAGGAAGCCAUACACGUGGGACUCAUGAACAAUCAACUCUUGAGCUGGGAAGCAACCAAAGACGCUUCCAAAGCAAAGUGGCCAACUGGAACUCUAAGACAGAUCCUGCGCGAUAUGAAAGCAAAGCUCCAGAAAGAAGCGGACGACAAGGUCAGAGACCUUACUGAAACGCUGAUGGAAAAGACUCGAAGAGCGGAUCUCGACCUACGUCGAGCUGCACUGUUAGCAAGUGAAAGCGAAUUGAAAGUCGAGAAUUACAAGCUAGAGGUAGAAGAAUGGAAGUUUUCAUGCAAGAAUUUGGAGAAGCAACUACAAAAGCUCUUUAAGAUUGUAGAAGAUGAGGAGGCAAGCUCGGUAUCUCCGCUUGAGUAGCAGCGCGGAUGAGUGAUGAAGAGUUGGUAAGAGGAGGAUAGGCAGCGGUAGGAUCACUUCGUGAACGUGGUCGGGGAGCAGGAACACGCUUUACUGAAUAGCGUUAAAGCGAGAAUC